AUGGCAGCUCUCCUCAACAACGUUCUUCAAUUGUUGAUGCGAGAAGCGCAGCGACUGGGAAUGGACCCCAUGAUGGAUGUUCUGGUACCAAUGGAGUUGGAAGAGCGGCUCGCUAUGUUGCCCAACAAUCCACGGAUUGCGGCUCCUCCGCUUCUGGUUCCACCUGCUCAGCAGCCGAUGUUCAACGAAUUCGAUCCGUUCCAGGCAGCGUGGGCCGAUUUUCUUGACCAUGGAGCUGCUGCGGCGAAUGCUCAAGCAGCUGGUCAACAAUUCGCACCGGCUCAUGCUCCAGAACAGCCUGUGCACCCUGAUGAUCAACCAUUUUUCGAUAGAAUGAACGAGUUGCUCGGCCCGCAUCAGUACCAAGCUAUGAUGCAUUUGAUUUUGCAACAUCGCGAUCAAAAAGCGCAACUUGUGCAGCAGCACACACAGGAAGUGAUGUUCCUUGCCGCUCAACAACAAUUCGAGAGGAACCAGCUGUUUGGAUUCGAUCCAGCUAUAUACGAAUAUCUUGUUCAAAUGGCGCCACCAGCUCGUGGAGCUCCACUCCCACAGGUGGUUCCACCUGCGCCGUUUGCUCCAUUUGGUCAAUUUGCUCCAAUGGCUCCAGUUGUUCCAGCGGCUCAACAGGCUCCAGUUGGUAUGGUCCCUCGAGCUGCGCACAUCGCUCCAGUUGGUCAAUUAGUUCCAAUGGCUCCGAUUGUCCCGGCGCCCCUGCCGGCUCGAGCAAGACCAGUUGUUCCGGCGUUUCGUGCUCCUCAGGAGAAUCAAGCGGCUCUAGUUCUUCCAGAGGCUAGAGCUGCUGGAGCUGCUGCUGGAGUUGCUGGAGUUGCUCCAGCUGAUCCAGUACCAGCGGAAGGACAAAGGGACCCAGAAAGACGACGAGCAAGACUGCAAGGAAUUCAGAGAAGAAGAAAUCUUCUCAACCGCAACAAUCGCGUCCUGGGCCGCCAUCAGGCUGAGGAGGGUGCUGUGCGACUUGGAGCUCAAGGAGGCGCUCUGAGACUUGGAGCUCAAGUAGGCGCUCUGAGACUUGGAGCUCAAGGAGGCGCUGCGCGACUUCGACCUCAAGAAGGCGCUGCGAGACUUGGAGCUCAGGAAGGCGCUGCGCCUGGAAUUGGUAGAGUCUUUCCUCAUCUAGACGUGUUUCCGCGCCGUCUGCCAGAUCUUCUACGUCCCGAACAGCGAGCUGAUCCCGAAUUGUUCCGUCAACACCUACGACCUCCCGGACCAAAUAAUCAAUAGGUGAGUGCCAUUGAGCUGAGUUAUUUUGUUUCAUUUUUAAUUUUCAGGUACUCUAUCAGCAUCACGUGCCAACAACCACGCCAUUCUUCCCAUGCUACAAAGCAUUCGUUUGCCACCUUCUUCUUCUUUCCGUUUUCAUUAUCUGCGCCCCAUAAUCGACUUCUCCCGGCUAGCCUAAAUUCAGUAUUUUUUAUAUUCAUUCUGCCCAAUAAAUUUUCUAUAAUUAUUGAUUUCACUCACAUUUUAUGCUUCAAAAAUGAAGAAUAUUCCUCUGAAUAUCUUGAACUUCUUCAUGAUUCACAGGCUUUGUCGUCCGAGCCAAACCGACACGAUUCGAGGUAAAACAUUUGUUCGAAAACGUGUAAAUGAUGACGCAAAAAAGUCGUGAUUUACAUAACAAUCACUGGCUUCGUUUGUGAAAAUUCCAUAAAAAUCUAUUCCUCGUCUUAAAAUUGACGGUUUCACCGUUUUCUUCUAGAUACCAAGUGCAACGUUUUGCCAGUUUUUGCUUUGAAUCUGCUCGAUGACUUUAUAACUUCUUUUCCGUUUUCUUGUAAUUUGAAAACUGCUCAUUUCAUCUUGAAAAUCGGUCCAACUGAUGCAAUCCAGUGAAGAAUCAAUAAAUUGCUUAUUUUCCUGUUCAAAACACACUUUCCAUCCACUCAUAAAUCUUCCGAGUCGUCAGAAACAAAUUUUUCUGUGAUUAUUCCACCAAAAUACAUCGAAAAGCGUAUGAUACGUGGUCAUUCCUGCAGCGGCAGUCUUCCGCUGGCCUAG